AACCGCUGGGUGCUCACGGCCAUGGACUAUUUCACAAAAUGGCCCGAGGCCUAUGCUCUGCCUGACCAGGAGGCAGAGACCAUCGUCGACGCCCUGACAACGGGGAUGUUCAGCAGGUUUGGAGCUGCGGAGUCCAUCCACAGCGACCAAGGCAGAAACUUUGAGUCCCGUGUGUUCGCCACCAUGUGUGAGAGGCUGGGUAUGCACAAGACCCGCACUACUCCUCUCCAUCCUCAAAGUGAUGGCCUUGUGGAGCGCUUCAACAAAACGCUUGGACAGCAGCAGGCCAUCGUCUCUGCCAAACACCAGCGUGACUGGGACAGACUCCACCUCCUGCACGCCUACCCUCCUCAUGCUGGGGAGAGAGAUCCGCACCCCUGUGGAGAUGGCGUUUGGUCGGCCCCUGGAUAACCCUCAUGUUCCCCCGGGGCCGGAGUAUGCCCGGAGACUCCAGGACCGCCUGGAGACAGCCCACACCUUCGCUGUAUUCCCUGUUCCCGCUUCCUUGUCCCUCAUAUCCCGUCCUUCAUCCCCUGGGUCCCAGAGAGGCAGCCCCCUGUUUCACAUCUGGACACUCCGCGACCAUUGCGGUCACGCAGGCAAAGGAGACUUCUGGGUCGCUUCAGAGACUUUGUUUGUUCCCUCAGGGACGAGGGACUUUGUGUUGGGGG